AUGAAGUCAUCACUCGCAGCCUCCGUUCUCCUAGCUGUUGCAGCUGAAGCCCGUUUCGGCCAAGAACAGGGCAACGGCGCCAUCACUGCCAUUGGCGCAUUGACAGACUUGGGACAGCCUGGACAGGCUGCUACUCUGGCCGGAGGCUCGAUCCAGUUCCUCCUUGCUGCCGCCAACCCCUGUGGAAAGCUCACCCAGGCCGAUCUUAUCCUGAGCGAGCUCGGUACCAGUGACGCUGCUGUUGCCGCUGCCCGUGGACUGGUUGCCGCUGAGCAAAACUUCAACCCCUUUGUUGUUAGCGUCCCUUCCAUCUGUGGUGAUGCUACGCUGCCAAAGUCUGCCCAGCUCCGAGGUGUCGUUCCUCUGAUCGAUCCUGCGGUGACUGGCUCAGACCUUGAGAACAAAAAUGCCAACGCCUCCAAGACCACGCCCUUUGCGGCCGAUGGCCUCAGCGUGGCUCAGGUCAUGAUCAACCAGGGUUUCUCCAACUUCACAAUUGUCAACUCGGAUGGCUCUAAACAGCAAGCCUCGGGAGAUUCAGCCGCAGCAGCACCGUCCAGCUCACAGGCUGCCAACGUUGCCGCGGCAAAGACCACUGCUCUGGCCGUUACCGCUGUUCAGUCAGAGGGAUGCGCUAUUCCCACUACCAUGGUCACCAUCACUAGGACUGCUAUUGUUUCUCAGACUGCCGCAGCCUCCAAUGUUGCUGCUGCUACUAGCGCUGUUGCCUCUUCUGGAUCUGCAGCAUCCUCCGGAUCUUCUUCUUCUGGCACUAGCAAUGCUUCGGCUGGCAUCUGUACCGGCGGCGGCAGCACUCUCGCAUGCUCGGCUCCCGCCAACGGCGCUGGUGCCAUCAAGAACGCCGUCACCGGUAACUUUGACGGAUUCGUCAAGUCUACCAUUGCCGGUCUUGAUUUCGGUCUCUGCGUGCCCACUAUGAAGUUUGAGGCCGGUCUCGAUGGCCGCAAGGACACCGAGUUCACCUUCCAGGCCAUCGACCCCCUUGUCAACAAGGGCCAGGAGGAGGCUCUCAACCCCAACAUCAUCACCAACCGAAUCCACGACCAGCUCACCAAUGUCUGUGGAGCCAACGCCGCCGCCAAGGCCGCUGUUGCAGAUGCCCAGACCAAGAUUUCUGCUUUGGGAACCAGGAAUGCCGAUACGGCCAACACCUGGAACUCUCUUCUUGGUUUUGCCAACACCAACAUCAACCCCGACAACGCUCCUGUUGCCGGACUUGUUGGACACACCUAA